CGGUUCAAAUCAUCGGACCACGCAAGCAUGUGGACCCCAACAUGAGUCGCGACUGAGGCAAAAGCAAGUAUGUUGAGGUGCAUGGAGUCGGCAUUUGCGAAAUGGUGCCGAGCGGCCUUGCGUUUCCGCCGGGAGCACGAAUCGAAGGACCCUUGGGUAAUUUCGUAAAAACGCGCCGCUUCAAGGGUAAAAUGGUCCCUAGAUGUUCGAUUUCUGGGAACGAGACUCAGGUCUUCCAGAGCUUAGAUGGGAUUCGACACCUUGCCGAAACUCGCCGUUUCAAGGCAUGGUUCUUAGAUCAGUUUGGAGUCCUUCAUGAUGGGAAGAAGCCUUAUCCUGGUGCCAUAUCAACAUUAGAAAAGCUAGCAAUUGAUGGUGCUAAGAUGGUUAUCAUUAGCAAUUCUUCUAGACGUGCUUCAACGACCUUGGAGAAGAUGAAGAGCCUUGGAUUCGAUUCUUCUCUAUUCCUUGGAGCAAUCACAAGUGGAGAAUUAACACAUCAAUACCUUCAGAGGAGGGACGAUUCGUGGUUUGCAGCUCUAGGAAGAUCCUGCAUUCACAUGACUUGGAGUGAUCGUGGUGCAAUAUCUCUCGAGGGCCUAGGGUUGCAAGUUGUGGAAAACGUCGAAGAUGCUAAUUUUAUUCUGGCUCAUGGCACUGAAGCCCUUGGCCUUCCUUCUGGCGAUGCACGUCAUAUGAAACUUGAGGAUCUUGAGCAAAUAUUGGAAGCUUGUGCAAAAAAGAAAAUCCCUAUGGUGGUAGCAAAUCCAGAUUAUGUUACUGUUGAAGCUAGAGCUUUACGUGUUAUGCCAGGGACACUAGCGGCAAAAUACGAAAAACUUGGUGGCAAAGUGAAAUGGAUGGGGAAACCUGAUAAGGUGAUCUAUGAAUCGGCAAUGGCCAUGGCCGGAGUAGAUGCUUGUGAUUGCAUUGCCGUGGGUGAUUCUCUCCAUCAUGAUAUAAAGGGUGCAAAUACAGCAGGAAUCCAAUCGGCAUUUAUCACUUGUGGGAUUCAUGCUACUGACGUUGGACUUGGUAGUUUUGGAGAAGUUGCGGAUUCAAGUGCCGUUGAAACUCUCAUCCACAAAUACAAAGCUCACCCAUCAUAUGUUUUGCCUGCAUUUACAUGGUAGCAGCAUCCUUCAAUCUCGUUGUUCACUCCUUAAGAGCCCAACAAAGGUUCAUCUUCAGGGGUUGUUUGGGUUAGGGCUAUGUUGUGAUAGGCUAUCCAUGGAUGCAUUUUUUUUUGGACUAGUUCGUGGACAAAUUAUUGUGACUUGCUCUGCUCCUUGUUAAUCAAGCACACUGGCCAUUGAAUAAGGAGGAAUGAUGCACAUGUUGGGAGCUGGCAUAUUGAUAAAUGUGCAUGUGUAAAUUUGAUGUGGAUGUUGACACUUGUGCCAUAUUUUCGGGUGUUUGAAGAUUGUUGGUGACACCUGUACAUGGGGGGG